AUGGACAUCCUGUCGGAAGUAGGCGCGCCCGCUGUGGCGAUGGGAACCGCCUUUUCCCUUGCUGCCGGCGCCUAUCUGAAUGCAAAGCUCUCGAUCGGUACCGACUUGACGGCCUUGAAGAAUGACCGUGCCUUUGGGCAGCGCCUCGGUGAGCGCAUUGGCAAGCUGGGCGACUCUCCCACUAUCUACAAGAUGCUCCAACGAGUCGUUGAGGUUGAAGGCCAGGGCACUGCAGAUGCGCUCUGGUUUGAACACAAGACCUGGUCAUACAACCAAUUAAAAGAGCUGGUUGAUCGAUUUGCCGCCUUGCUACACGCACGCGAUGUGAAGAAUGGCGAUAUGGUAGGAGUUUUUACGACAAAUUCGCCUGAGAUGGUCGUGACCCUGUAUGCAUUGUCCAAACUUGGUGCAGUUGCUGCCAUGAUCAACACCAAUCUGCGAGAUGACACAUUCAUCCACUGCCUCAACGUCUCUGGGUCCAAGUCGAUUAUCUCGACCCCAGAUAUCGCGCAGCAUGUUUGCGCCGAUCUACCACACUUAUCAUUUCAUUUUUCCUCCUUCGAGGGAGUUUCCUGCGGUGAUGUGGAGCUUAUCACGCAAACCGAAUUGCAACAAUUCUCACCAGCCGGACUAGCCCCAGCUAAGCGCACACCGAAGGAUCUCACAGCUUUGAUCUACACAUCCGGAACAACAGGCAAGCCCAAGGCCUGCGCUGUUCGAAACAUGAUGGCACUAAUCACCUCCAACCCUCUCUCCGCCGACGUCAACGAUGCUUCCAAAUUCUACCCGCUUCGCACAUACUCAGCUCUGCCGCUAUUCCACGGCACAGCCUUCUUCACCGGCGUAUGCUACUCGUUCUGGAAAGAUGUCCAUGACUCCGGAGCCACUCGCAUCUUGUACAUCGGUGAACUGUGCCGAUACCUCCUCGCCACUCCCCCAUCCCCCUAUGACCGCGACCACAACUGCAUCGCAGCAUGCGGUAACGGGCUACGAGGCGAGAUCUGGGAGAAAUUCAAAAGCCGGUUCGGCGUGCAUGAGAUUCGCGAAUUCUAUCGCUCAACGGAAGGAUUGGCCAAAUUCGACAAUCAUGGUCCUGGCGUAUGGGGCGCUGGAAAGGUUGGAUUUUCCGGUCCCAUUCGUCGGUUCUUGGAAGAUGAUACCUUCAUUGUUAAGUAUGAUAAUGAUACGGAGAUGCCGUUCCGCGAUCCUGAGACUGGAUUCUGCGUGAGGGCUGGUUUGGAUGAGGAGGGUGAGGCUAUUGGUCGUGUGCGUGAUCGUGACUUGUUGACGGAAUACUUGCACAAUCAAGAUGCUACCGACGGGAAGCUUCUUCGGGAUGUUUUUCAAAAGGGUGAUCUUUUCCAGCGGACGGGUGAUCUGGUGGUGCAGGAUCAGUCUGGGUGGGUCAGAUUCCAGGACCGUGUUGGUGAUACUUUCCGCUGGAAGGGCGAGAAUGUCAGUGCUGGAGAGAUCCGUGACCAUAUUUGUCGUAUUGAGGGCGUUCAUGAUGCUGUCGUGUACGGCGUCAAACUUGCUGGAUAUGAUGGUCAGGCUGGCGCUGCAGGUAUCACACUUGAGGAACAUUCCCCUGCCUUUGAAGCCGAGCUUGCUUCGAAAUUAUACCCUGAGCUGAAGAAGCGUGGUGUGCCAUCAUAUGCUUUCCCGCGUCUUGUGCGAUUCAUUGAAAAGGUUUCAACCGGUGUUACUUUCAAGCAGGCUAAAGGCGAUCUCUUGAAGAAGGGAUGGAACCCUAGCCAGGAAUCUGCUGGGGACAGUCUAUAUUGGCUCAACGGAACUAAUUACGAGAAGCUCGAGGAUAACAGCUGGUCAUUCAUCGAGAGUGGCAAGGCGAAGCUGUGA